GGUCAUCCAAGCUCGUUGAGUCCGUUGAUAGACAUUGAAAAAAGCUUCAAGCUUCUGGCCCUGCCUCGCGAGGCGACUUUCUUUCACAUUCCUUUAUUUAUUUAUUUUAUUUAUUUUUCAAUAUAUGAACACGCGAAGACUCUGUCAUCGAUACGCCCUUUCAUACCUUCUCCACUUUCAACCAGAGCACUACAAUUUCUUAUACUAUAUUCUUCCCCAUCGAGAGAGGUGUGGAUUAGCCUCGGAUCAUCUUUGUCAUUGCUAUUGGCGGCCUGACUGCCUAUUUAUCUUGUUGGACCUUGCCACCGCUCCCCAGCUAGUCACAUAACCUUCCUUCCCUGUUUCAAUCACCGUUUCAGUACACGCAUUCACCAUUCCGUCCUUCAAUCACGAAGAGCCUCAACUGGCUUCCAGCAUGUAUCCACAAACCCCAAUUGGUUACUCGGGGCCGAUAACCUUCAGUCAUAGUGGUGUCAACCCCGGGGAGGGGAUUGAGGACCUCUACGCAGUGAUGCAGCCGCAGUGGACCGGAUUGGAAGCUUCGCCUUACGGAGGGAUCAACCAUCCGUAUACUACAACUACAGCCUUCCCCACCGGCUCCAUCCUCACCCCUAUCAGCCUCCCCGACAGCUCUUUUCGACCGAGUCCGGUACUCAGUCAUCAUUCGCAAGAGUUCCACUACAAUCUCAGUGAUACCGUUCCAUCGCAAGGACUAGGUAUCACGGCUCCAUUUCCGAGCAACUUCCCUCGCACUGUGACCGCGGGCCUCGGACAUACCAUCGAUCAGCUCGAAUAUGGCCUCGGCGAGGUGGAUCACUCGCCCCGGCCCCCGCCCGCAAAGAGGGCCAGACGAGGGCCCAAGCAGGCAGCCACGCCGCGGGAGGCUCCCGUUACGAUACUUCCCAACCCCGAGGGUCUCCAGCGACUGGAACAGGAGCGAAGACAGGGGGCCGCUGAUGCCCAGCAGCAACAGCGGCCUCGAGCCCCAGGACGAGGGCGUAGAGACCCGCAGGCGGAGGAGGAAGACGCAUUCGUGGAACGACUACGGGAACAGAACCUCGCAUGGAAGGUCAUCCGCGAGAUGUUCCGGGAGAAGUUCCAUAAGGAUGCAUCCGAGGCGCGGCUGCAGAUGCGCAUGCUGCGGCGGCGCAAGGAGCGCCUGGCGCGGUGGGAUGAGACCGAUGUGAUCAUUCAGAUCCGCCUACUCAUCCGGGCUCGGGAUUAUUGGGAGCACGAGAAGUAUAAUGUGAUUGCACAAAAGAUGAGGGAGCUGGGUGCCGGGCAGUACACUCCACAGCAGUGUGAAGCGCAGCUGCGGUAUCUUGAUGCGCAGAACCGGGAUCGGAGUGGUCUGGUUGCGCGGCCACGAAUAUCUGAGCCUUCGCAGACACGGCGACGCGUCUGGCCUCGUUCAUCCUCUCAGAGCCUGGCCGGUGAGACCAGAAAAUGAUUAUUUUUGUCAUGAAUGCAUCGAUGGGUUCCAGAAGCAUGUUGAGGCGCAUUAUGGUUUGGUUGGAGCUUUUUUUCUUUGACUUUUGUUAAUUCCUUUGGGCUAAUGAUACGCCGGGCUGGACUACGUUCGACGAUUUGCAUGGUAGCGUUUCUUUUUUUGAAUUUGUCACACCCCUUUUUAUU